AUGCCCGUGGAAACCCGUAAACGCAAAGCCCUAGUCCAAGCGGCGCUUGAGAAUGGCGAGCCAGAACCCCCGACACCCACCAGCGCCACCAAGCGUCAGAAGAAACUGCCCGUACGGUCAAAAGACGACGGUCCAGAAGCGGAAACACCCGGCAAGAGCAAGAGCAACAUCAUCACCUUUGACGACGACGGCAAUGCGGACAAGGAGAUUGUCGUUCCUACCCCUAAACCCACCGUGGCCUCGGAGCCGGUAGAGCAGGAGGACAGUGAUAGUGAUGAAGCUCCUGAGGCGGUGUCCACGGCCAAAGUAGCCGAUGAGAUGAAGAAGUCUGCACAGGCGGAGAAGAAGGCAGCGCAAGAACAAGCGGCAGCCGAGAAGAAGAAGCGCCAGCAACGAGACGCCCUCUUCAAGCAGCAGGCUGCGGAGCGAAAGGAGGCCGAACCUACGGAGGUCGUGGUGCCGAGGCAGCAGACUGGCAGGAAACGUGCUAAGUUCGACGUUCCUAGUCUUUUGCCGGCUGAGUUUUUGACCGACUCGGAAAGUGAGGAGGAGGAGAUGGAGUCUUCUGCUGGGGAUAGACCUCGCAAGAGGAAUGUUUCUGGGAUUGAGAAGCGCAUGGCGAAGGAUGGGAGAGGGCCGAGGGAUGAGGUUAUUGGGUCUACGCUCUAUAGGGUGUCUAAGAAGGUGGAUGAGAGGUUGGCGCCAAAGGCGAAGAAGCAUUCUAAGAGUUCUAAGGAUUUGUUGCUGAGGAGGGGUAGGGCCCCUGUGAAGGCGGGAUCUGGAUUCUUUAAGAGAUAA